CCGCGCGCUUCACUCGAAAUCACAAAUCACGCGCGCGUUUACAAAUAGCGUGUCACAAAUCCAAUUCUCUGAUUCUUCGAAAAUGGGGAGAAAAAUGAAAUCUAGGGUUUCGGAGGAAGAGGCGGCCAACCCAGAAGUCGAGGAUGACCAGCCGCAUCGUGAAACCCUAGCCCAGGAGAAGAGCUUAUACGAGAUCCUUGGUGUGGAGAGGACAGCAUCUCAACAGGAAAUAAAGAAGGCUUACUACAAAUUGGCUUUGCGUCUACAUCCUGAUAAAAACCCUGGUGAUGAGGAGGCCAAAGAAAAGUUUCAGUUAUUGCAGAAGGUGAUAUCUGUUCUCGGUGAUGAGGAGAAGAGGGCACUGUAUGAUCAGACUGGUUGUGUUGAUGAUGAGGGCUUGGUAGGGGAAGCUGCUCACAAUUUACAGGAGUUCUUUAGAUCAGUUUAUAAGAGGGUUACGGAAGCUGAUGUUGAAGAAUUUCAUGCUAACUACCGCGGAUCCGAUUCAGAGAGGAAGGAUCUUAAGGAUCUUUAUGCCAAAUUCAAAGGCAAUAUGGAGAGGCUCUUCUGUUCAAUGCUUUGUUCUGAUCCAAAAUUGGACUCACACCGCUUCAAGGAUAUAAUUGACGAAGCAAUUGCUGAAGGUGAACUUCAGUCAACCAAAACAUACAAGAAAUGGUCCAAGCAAGUGUCAGCAACAAAGCCACCCACCAAUCCUCUUGCUCGGAGGGGGAAACCAAAGAAGCAACCUGAAAACGAUCUGAUGGCACUCAUAGCUCAACGUAGAGACCAGAGGAAAGAACAAUUCAACUCAGUACUUUCAUCCAUUAUAUCUAAAUGCAAUGACAACCUGACCGUGGAACCUUCAGAAGAAGAGUUUCAGAGAGCACGGCAAAGGCUCGAGAGUGACAAGCAGACCAAAAAACGGAAACGCUAGUAAAGUAUCAAUCAUCUCCAAAGCCAUUGCCCCCCAUUUACUCUGGUUUUAUCAAUUUGCCAUCAAACAACUCCUUUUCCUUUGUAAGUAAGUAGCUUGUGAAGAAAACUCUCCCAUGUCAUCUAAAACUGUACUUAUCUUAUCAAUGUUAUAUUAAUGCAUCGAAUCAUGAGAUAAAACAUCA